GACGGGGAGGGCGGUGUGGGUUUUUCUCCUCUUCAUUAGAUGAUAACGACUGUCAAGGAUAGACUAAUUCUAUAGCCUGUUUAUUAUUUUGUAGGCAAAGUGACACGUUUUAUGACUUUUAUGACUAUGAAAUACCGUUUUUACACUUUCCUGUGUACUGCACGCAAAAACCGGCUUCCAGUUCACUCUCCUGUGGAGCGAGCGCCUUUUUUUUUAUCGCCCUAGCAACUGGUCCUCGCCGCUGCUGCCUUGUGACAUUUCCUUGUCGCUUUGCUCACCAGCCAUCGCAUAUUGAAUUCGACUUUUUGCAACCGCCUGUAUGCGGGGCCAUUUUUGCAUAGGGUAUUUCCCUACUUCGUCUUUAAUUUGAUUUAUUUAAAACUCUGGGGGUUCAUGCGUCUGAGAAGUCUCAUCUUUCUGCGUCAAAAUGCCUGUGAGACGCGGUCAUGUAGCCCUCCAGAACACUUAUCUGGACACCAUUAUCCGGAAAUUCGAUGGACAAAAUCGUAAGUUCCUGAUAGCCAACGCUCAGAUGAAGAACUGUGGCAUUAUCUACUGUAACGAGGGCUUCUGCCAGAUGUUUGGCUUCACGCGGGCAGAGAUCAUGCAGCAGUCCUGCACCUGCCAGUUCUUGGUGGGGCCUGGCACCAUGAAGACUGCCCUGGCACAGCUGGCACAGGCCCUGCUAGGGUCAGAGGAGCGCAAGGUGGAGAUCCUCUACUACAACAAAGAAGGGACCUGCAGGCCCUGUCUGAUUGAUGUUGUUCCUGUGAAGAAAGCAGAGGGACAGGUCAUCAUGUUCAUCCUCAACUUCCAGGAAAUCAUUGACCCCUCCCUCAAGAAACCAGGUCUGAGACAGAGGGUGGCCCAGGGCUGGGUAUGGGCAGGGCAGAGUCGCAGGCUGAAGUUGAGACUGCCAUUGGUACGUGCAAUGCGUCGGUCUUCCCUCGCCAAAGACCAGUUUGGGGGGGUGGUGGUGGACUACCCACAGCCCAACAGUGAAGAGAUCCCUCUGAAAGAGUUCCGUAUCCCGUCCAAGGAGAGCUGCAUGCAGUCUGAGACAGAGGCGCUGAUAGAGCAGGACCACGAGUCCUCCCAGCCUGCAAGCCACUACUCCCCCAAACUGCUGUCCCUAUUGUCAGAGCGGCUGGAACCCAGCGUGCCCUUCCUCCCCAGCAGCCCCUUCUCCAGUGCAGCCUUCCCCAGGACGGUCCUGCCCCGGAGCCGCUCCAGAGAGACUGUCGGCAGCCUCCGCAGAGCUUCCUCCCUGGAUGACCUCGACAGCAUGAGGGCCGAGUCGGGCCGACCAGGAGACCCACGCUCCUACAGCAUUCCAUCUGAAUCCAAACAAACCAAGCCAAAGCUACCUGGGCCUGUUGGAGAUCUGAAGACCGGUACUCUGAACUCCACCUCAGACUCGGACCUGAUGCGACGCAGGACCAGCACUCGUAACCCCCUCACACUCAGUUUUGCCUCCGACCUCUUGCGACCGCCCUCGCCCACUGAGAUCGAGAUCAUCGCUCCCAGCAAAGUAAAGGACCGCCACCGAGACGUCACAGAGAAGGUCACACAUGUCACACAGGUACUGUCCCUAGGGGCUGAUGUCCUGCCAGAGUACAAGCUCCAGGCGCCUCGCAUCCACAAGUGGACCAUCCUCCACUACAGUCCCUUCAAGGCGGUGUGGGACUGGGUCAUCCUCCUGCUGGUCAUCUACACGGCCGUCUUCACCCCCUACUCCGCUGCCUUCCUGCUCAACGAGGUGGAGGACGAGCUCCGGCGCUCCUGUGGCUACACCUGCAACCCCCUCAACGUGGUGGAUCUGGUGGUGGACGUCAUGUUUAUCGUGGACAUUCUCAUCAACUUCCGGACCACAUAUGUCAAUCACAAUGACGAGGUGGUCAGCCACCCGGGGCGCAUCGCCCAGCAUUACUUCAAAGGCUGGUUCCUCAUUGAUAUAGUGGCAGCCAUCCCCUUUGAUCUGCUCAUAUUCCGCUCUGGCUCUGAUGAGCCCCAGACAACCACGCUGAUUGGCUUGCUGAAGACUGCUCGGCUGCUGCGAUUGGUGCGUGUGGCGCGGAAGCUGGACCGCUACUCAGAGUACGGCGCCGCCGUUCUCUUCCUCCUCAUGUGCACCUUUGCCCUCAUUGCCCAUUGGCUGGCCUGUAUCUGGUACGCCAUCGGCAACGCGGAGCGCACCAACUCGGCACGCAUCGGAGGCAUGAAGAUCGGCUGGCUGGACAACCUGGCUGAACAGAUUGGUAAACCAUACAACGACACAGACCCUGCCUCCGGCCCCUCCACCAAGGAUAAAUACGUCACAGCACUUUACUUUACCUUCAGCAGCUUGACCAGCGUGGGCUUCGGCAAUGUUUCCCCCAACACCAACCCUGAGAAGAUAUUCUCCAUCUGCAUCAUGCUAAUCGGCUCUCUGAUGUAUGCCAGUAUCUUUGGUAACGUAUCGGCUAUCAUCCAGAGGCUGUACUCCGGCACGGCCCGUUACCACACCCAGAUGCUGCGUGUCAAAGAGUUCAUCCGCUUCCACCAGAUCCCAGAGGGACUACGCCAGAGACUGGAGGAAUACUUCCAACAUGCCUGGUCCUAUACCAAUGGCAUCGACAUGAACGCUGUGCUGAAGGGUUUCCCUGAGUGUCUGCAGGCUGAUAUCUGCCUCCACCUGAACCGCUGUCUGCUCCAGAACUGCAGGGCCUUCAAGGGGGCCAGUAACGGCUGUCUGCGGGCGCUGGCCAUGAGGUUUAAGACCACCCACGCCCCUCCGGGCGACACCCUGGUCCACAUGGGAGACGUCCUCUCAGCUCUCUACUUCAUCUCUAGAGGGUCCAUAGAGAUUCUGAGAGACGAUGUGGUGGUGGCCAUACUAGGUCAGAACGAUAUCUUCGGGGAACCCAUCUAUCUUUUUGGGCGUCCAGGGAAGUCGAGUGCAGACGUCAGGGCUUUGACCUACUGUGACCUCCAUAGGAUCCUGAGGGAGGACCUGCUGGAGGUGCUGGACAUGUACCCAGACUUCUCCGACUGCUUCUGGACCAACCUGGAGAUCACCUUUAACCUCCGAGAUGUAGAUAGAAUGAACCAGGCACCUCCCAGUGAGGAUUCUGAAUGUGGAUACCGACGGCCGCGUCCACGACGCACGAGAAACCGGCCUGAUGGCAUGGACCGUGAGGACUCAUUUCCAGACCAGUCGUGUCCUUUGGGGAACCACAGCGGCCCGGACACAAGCUCCCACUGGGAGGGCAUGUGUAGCAGCGCCAGCGCCUGCUCCCAGUCCAGUGACGAUGAGAUGAAGCCCCUGGGACAUAGCAAAGCAGAGCUGUACCCCUCUGUGGACGACACCGAUGACUACCCCCCUGCUGUGGUCAGCCUGCUGCCUCCCAGUGGACCCUCAGCCGGCAUGGGACCGCCCCUGGACCGAGGAAGUCACCAAUACACAGCUGCAGCCCCGAUCAACAUGCCAGGCCCAGGGGUAUAUGGGUAUUGGCCUGACCGGAGGACCAGUCAGUUGUCAGAUCCCCAGCGGCGCUGCUCCUCAGUCAGGGGCACCUACCACUCUCCUCCCUGUUCAGAGGACAGGCCCAGUGAACUGGAGUCCAGAGUGGAGCUGCUACAGUCCCAACUCCACAGACUGGAGACUCGGAUGACUGCAGACAUCCAUGUGAUCCUGCAGCUGCUCCAAAGGCAGAUAACCCCAGUGCCCCCGGCCUACAGCACUGUGUUGCCCAGCAGCCCUCACCCUGCUCACCCCACCACCCUGUACAACACAGCAGCCCCCAUCAUCCACACUGUCCCCUCCAUGCCCCCAAUCAAGAUUGACAGCAUGCCUUCGCCGCUGCAGAGCCCGGACUCAGAGAAGCAAAAGUUCAAGGACACCCUGUCCAGUGGGAUCCACCUCAUGGUGGCCUCUGAUGACACCAUGUCCAUGUCCAUGUCCCCUGAGACAGAGCCCCUUCCAAGGUCCUCCAUGGGCUUCAGCCCCCCCCAUGUCUCCUGCCAAACCCUGGGGCCCUCUGGACUGCUGUGUGGCAGCCUGCGUUUCCCCUCGCUCCCUGACAACCUGGAGACUUCCACAGAGGGGCAGGAGAUUCAGAGGCACGUUUCUGACCCCAUCCUGCCAGGCAGCUAAAACCCUCUGACCUUUAACCUUAAACCUGAUCAUCCCUCACUCCUAGCACCCCCUGCACCACCACAGGAGGACAAUCAUAUGUUGGCAGAGUCACUUCUCUAAUCGUCCCCUCUCUCAUUCCUCCUCUCCAAUCCCCACCCAACCCCCUAACCUGUAACAUGCUGCUGAUCCACGUGGGUUGCCUUCCACGUAGCUGAGAGGAGGUUCUAUGGAGGGCCCCCUCUCACUGACUCACAGUGCCCGGGGCUGAGGCACCUCUGGUCCUGUGUGACAAACAACCUCUCCUUUCUAUCAGGGUCUAGGGCAUUAUUGAGAGGGGGUUUAGGAUUUCUGCAACCCAGACCCCACAAAGCCUGGGGGCCUGGCACUGCCUAUGGAGAACUGAUAUGAAACUGGGCUGACUAGAAGCACACGUACACACACGUCACAUGGACCCUAACAAUAACCCCAAGCCCCCUUUUCCCUGGAUCUCAAAGCUGUAGUAUUGUCAUUCUCCUUUUCCUUUUGUUAAGUGAUGGUCCUUUUAUGCCAUGGUCCUUUUUGUUGGGAAAUAAGAAUUUGGCCAAAAAUACAUAUAACUGUGUGUACUGUAUGUUUACACUGUAGAGGAACUGCACAUUCAGGCUCAGUGCUGUUUAUAAGUUGAACUGAAACGUAUUUUUAUAGUAUCAUGAGGAUCGUACCGUCAAUCUGGAAAUCUAAUAGUUAUGAUGCACACGUAUUCCUUUCACACUAUUGCUAUGUUGGUGUAACAUAUUAUCAACAGAUGAUAUAAAGAGAUGGUAUAAAUGCCGUCUAAAUACUGUUUGUCUGUAUGGUAGGAAUGACUACUGUAAAAGUGGCCAUUUUGAAUACAGUAAUUCUACUCUCAUGUUCUACCAAUCAUAUGACUUAAUGGAAAGCAAUCCAGUGCCUUGCGAAAGUAUUCGGCCCCUUGAACUUUGCGACCUUUUACCACAUUUCAGGCUUCAAACAUAAAGAAAUAAAACUGUAUAUUUUUGUGAAAAAUCAACAACAAGUGGGACACAAU